AGACAGUCAGACAGACAGACAGACACACAGACAGUCAGACUCACAGACAGACAGACUCACAGACAGUCAGACAGUGGUGCUGAGAGGAAGCAGAAGAUGGGACCGGCUGCCACCUCACUCGCUCUGCUCUGCCUCUGCUCUCUGGCCGUGUGUGUUCCAACAGGGACAGUGAACGCCUCACCCACACAGGUUAGCCUGACUGCGGUGAAGAAGACACGUGGGGACGUCCCUGACCUCCUGCCUGAACCAGAGCCGACCAGACAACUGUCAGACUUUGAAAACUCAUACAACUACGUUUUGUCCAGACUGGCCAGCAUGGACCAGGCCAUCCACAAGCUGAACGUUGGUCACUACACCCUGGAUGUGAAAGUCAGUCAGCUGAUGGACCGUCUGACCAGGAUAGAUGCUAAGGUCGGGGAGCUGGAGGACAACAUCAGGGACGUCUACCAGCACAGCAAAGACAACCGCAAGGAGGUCGGAAGACUGGAAGGUUGUCACAAAGGUCGCAGGUUGGGAUACAAGUGUUACCUGGUCUACAACAACUUUGAGGAUUACGCCGGAGCAUCCAGGAAGUGUCUGGAACGCGGCGGCCGUAUGGCGAUGCCCCGGGACCGCAAGGAACAGGAGGCGUUGGCCGACUACGUCAAGUCCUUCUUCCACCCGGGGAACUGGCCCGUGUGGCUGGGCGUCAACGACCUGCGCUCCGAGGGUCUGUACCUGUUCGACGACGGCACGCAGGUCUCCUACUUCCAGUGGCGCAGGCACUUCCUCUCCAGUCAGCCUGACGGAGGGAAGCGGGAGAACUGCGUGGCCAUGUCGUCAGACGACGGGGACUGGUGGGACCACUACUGCGACCGGAACAUGAACUACGUCUGCGAGUUCGACGACAGGGUGUCACUUUGAAAACAGACUUCUUUACGCAGCCGGCUCCUUACGUGAUUUUUUUUUUUUUUAAUUUCAACCGAUGACAAUUGUUACGCUUUUGUAUCGAUUUUUAACCGAGUCACGAUGCAUCGUCAGAUCCCUGUCCAACACUGGGCCGGAAGACAAUAAUUUAAUGUUACGUCGUUUUGUCCUUGUUCUUCAUUUUCUAUUUAAAAAACACAUGGAUUAGUUGUUUCUCUCUCUCUUUUUAAAAUUUUUUUAAAUAUAAAAUUUCUUUGUGAUGAAAUUUUAGAAUGAUUUGCAUAUUAACUACGGACAGAACGUCAUCAGAUUACAGAAUGUUACAUUUCUUUAUAUUUGCAAAAACAUUUCCAAAUCACAAAUAAUAAAAAUAAUAAUAAUAAUAAUAAUGAUGAUGAUGAUGAUUUUAUAAAAGUGAAAUUCAGUUGUCGGUCUCACAGCUGAGGAGGUUGGUGUUCAUAAUCCCUGAAGUCUCGCACAAUGGAAAUACACAAUAUAGCAUAGAAUAGUAUAUUUCCAUCACACAGAAAUAUAUAUAAAUAUAAUGAAAGAUUUGUAAUGUACAUAAAACCUCGAGUGUAAAUGUUGUUUUUUAAAAUAAAUCUGAGGUAAAAGUAGACGAGUGUUUGUCACUUCCUGUUCCAUCAGCUGCAAACUGACUUUUUCAAAGACCAAAAAUGUUAGUUUGAAAACAAAAGCACUGAAGUUCUGUUGGAGUGAGACGAGAGUUAGCUCGACUAGCUUAGCAUCAAACUAAAGCCUAAAAAGAUGAAGAAAUGAGAAGAAGAAGAAAAGAAGAAAAGACCUACAGUAUAAUUGAAUUUUAACUU